CUGAUUUCUAGGAUCACUUUCGUCUACCUCAGCGGGGAAUCCUCUUUAGAAGCUCUACAUAGUCAAAUUAUUCCGUUGUCACCUGCUUCAUUCCUUUUGGACUGUGUAGAUGUUUUCAUCGACAUUUUUGGGAUAGAUAACGUGUCUGCUUUUCUCUUCCGAUUGAAAGACAAGUUUUCUGCCGUAACGAUAUGCUCGGAGCCUUCCACGUCCGAUGAAUGCUUUAAACGAUUGGAAUCAAUGGCAGACACGAUAAUUACGCUUGAAUUACUAGACGGCGAAUGCAUAGCAGAUAUUGUAGCAUAUAAGAAAAAUGGAAAACAAACUAAAAUGAAAGAAAUUUUUGCUAUAUCCGAAGAAUUGAAAAUAUCGAGCAAAAAGUUUGUACCGUCUGAAUUGCAUCAACUGGCAACUGAUACAAAGGAAAAGGAACAAAUUGCCAAGCACAGCCUUAGCCUCCCAUUCACUUCUAAGACGAAGCAAUCAGACCUCGUUAGCUUGCGAAUGGCUGAUCGAAAGGUACGCGUUGGCGGUCAAAUAAUAUAUACACCUGACAAAGAGGAUGACCUCGAUGAUAGCGAUCCCGAUGAUGAUCUAAACUUGUGA